AGGAGUGGUGAUUAGGCUGUCUUUGCCAAAUAUUUACGUUUUUAAUAUGGUUUCUUUGAGUUUUUCGAUCCGCGACGGUUAUAUGUGAAAGACUAGGUGUGUGCGCGUGUGCCCUAUCGUUUUAGGUGCUAAAAAGCGUGGUAAAGUGUUGUAAUUAGCGAUUUAUCGUCGAAUAUGACAUUUAGUACUGUUUUCGCGCGCGUAUGUGUGUGUGCGUUCAUCUGACAGCGUUGCCGCGGGUUUGUUGGAGCGAAUAUUGUAACGGGAUGUUGUGGGAGUUUUUACUUUUGAUUACAUGCAGUGCAAGUAACUUUAAAUUUCUAAUUUCAAACGUCGAAGCGUGAAGAUGGCCGCCGACGCGCGCCAAAAGCGCUUUCAACUUCCGCUAGUGCAGUGAUGAGAGUGUGUUGACAAUGUUGAUGACAUAAGUGGUGAUAGUGUAAUGACAUAAGUGAUGACAGUGCAGUGACAAUGUCAGAGGAGCGUUCGAGGAGGUUGUCGCAGAUCUUCGACCCGCUGGCCAGGUUUACCGACCACAGCGGCGCGGGGCAGUCUGCCAGCACUCCGAACAGCCCGCGCCUGCUGCCGCGCCGCGCGAGGGAACCGCCGCCGCCCCCGCCAAGGCCGUUCGCUCGCCUGGACCCCCUGGGGGACCUGGACGCUGGAGCGGGGGCGGUGAACUGGCAGGAGCGGUGUCUCGAGCUGCAGCUGGAGCUACACAGGAGCAGACACCAGGGCGCCAGGGUGCGGGACAUGCUGCGGGAUAAGCUCUCGGAGCUCGAGCAACGAGUUCUGGAGGCGGAGGGUCGGGCAGAGGAAGCGGAAGACAAGGUCCGCGCCAUGGAGCAACGACUGUGCGAAUGGCCGGCGGGCGCUGAAGGCGCUCCGAAGGCCAUCACGCGAUUAGAAGGUCAAAUUGAAGAACAGAAACAACUAAGACUCCAGGACGCGAAGCAAGUUGAGGCGAAGGCAGCUCGGAUAAAAGAGUGGGUGACGAACAAGCUGCGAGAAUUAGAACAGCAGAAUCAACUACUGCGAGAACAGAACGACCGGUGUAACCAACAGCUUGAGCUGCUGAGAAACCACAUAGCGGCACAGGGCAGCAGGAAUUGUGCUUUCCUUCCCUCGAGAGGAAGCCUAUCCCUCGAAGUGAGAUCCGAAGACACUCGGUCAGCAAGCCUUUUGGCUGCCAGCCGGAGACGAUCAGAAAGCCUCGAGGGGCCGCAGCUGCCAAUAGUAUCAUCUGAGCCACACUACAGUACUCCAGUGCGGCACAGAAGAAACCUGUCCAUCGGCACAACAAACCCUAGUCAGUCAAGUGUUUCACAGCUGACCACCAUGAACAGGACGAUGGAUGAACGGACCACUGCUAGUUUACUGGCUGAUGAUUUAGCAACGGCGGUAGAGAACCUAGUAGUGCUUCCGACGACACCAAACACCUCCACAGACGGUGACACCACGCACGACUACGCCGAAAUAUACACACCCAGUAGAGAACGUACCCCAGCAUGGCAGGGUGUGAAUGUCAUCGUCCAGGGCAACAGCCGCGGGGGAUCCUCCACGGGGGAGAGCUGCGCCUCCGACCAGCCGCGCCCGCCCACGCCGCCCCUGCACCGCUUCCCUAGCUGGGAGGCCAAGAUAUAUCAGGUGGCAGACGACGGCCUCCAACAGUCGGUAGAGGAGGAGCUAAGUCCGCCGCCCUGCCCGCGCCCCAUGCACGAGUCCACCAGCUACCAGGACAUAUCCGUUCCUGUAUACGCCACUGUGAAGGGGCGCGCAAGUCAAAUUCGUUCUAUGCCUUUCACCGGUGAUUCUUCGGACGAUUCCUCGGAGGGCGAAGAGUCUAUGGGAGUGACUGUACAGAACACGCCUCAUCAUAACCCCACUUAUGCUCCCGGCCCACUACCCAUCAACAACGUGAACCUGACUAGCGCGUUACCGGCAGCGCUCACGCAGCACGGCUGCAGCUCAUCUGAUACCUCCCUCUCCGCUUCAUCACCGUCUAAGAGCUUGAAGACGUCGUCGAGUCUAUCACCAGCUAAGAGAUCGAGUAGCGGCUCGCCGAGCAAGAGUAAGACUAGAGACACGUCCUUCGAGUCCGGCGCGUCGGACGACUAUGCCGUGCCGCCGGACGCGCUCAGCGAGAUCACCGGCAUGACUACCGGGCCGGCCGGGCCGAGCGGGCAGCGCGACUCCCCGCGCCGACACGACGCGCUAGAGAAGAGCGGACAUCUCGCCAAGUUGGGCGGCAAGCUGAAGACGUGGCGGAAACGAUGGUUCGUCCUGAAAAAUGGCACGUUGAGCUACUGGAAAUCCCAAUCUGAGACGCACAGGAAGCCUCAAGGUCAAAUCGGACUUGGCGAGGCCUGCAAGAUAUCACGUAACGACGGCGCUGCGACCUUCGAGAUUUUCACCGGGACUAGAACCUACUACCUUACAGCUGACAGCAUAGCCACUAUGGAGGACUGGAUUAGAGUCCUCCAGAACGUCCAGAGACGAAAUGCGACGAAGCUCCUGCUGAGCAAAGAAGACAAUAAGCCGACGAUUCAGGGUUGGUUAACCAAAGUCAAGAAUGGACAUGCGAAGAAAAGUUGGUGUGUGCUGCUCGGCAAAAUGUUCCUGUACUUUAAGACGCCAGGGGAUCAGAACCCUAGCGGCCAGAUCAACAUGCGCGACGCGCGAGUCGAGGACGUGGAGCACGCGUCGGACUCCGACUCUGAGGAGCGCGCGGACGACGCAGCCCGUCACCUCACCGUCGCCAUAUACCCGCAGCACCAGGCGUCCGCGGGCCCAACAUACCUGUUAUUCGAGAACAAAGCGGACAAGGACUCAUGGCUGUACCACCUCACCGUGGUGAGCGGCGCCGGCCUUAGUCGCGGGACGCACUUCGAGCAGCUAGUACAGAAACUGAUGGAGACUGACGGAGAUGCUAAUUGUGUUCUAUGGAGGCAUCCCACGCUGCUUUACUCUAAGGAGAGUAUAACGUCACCACUCACGUCGCUCAACUCUGAGGCACUACAAGCUGAGGCAUUAAAACUCUUUAAAUGCGUCCAACUAUUCAUGUCUGUAGCCGUGGAACACGCGGGCAUAGAUUACCACGUGGUGCUAGCGCAGAACGCACUCCAGCAGUGCCUCGAAGUUCCCGAAUUGCAGGACGAGCUGGCGUCCGCGUUAUGCCGGCAGACCGCCCCGCACGCGCCCGCCAAACUCGGCGUGCAGGUACACCGCCGGCUUAACGCACAACUGCUACUGUGUGCGACGCAAUCGCUGUUCACGUGCGAUUCCGGCGCGUCAUCAGUCGGCGGCGACAAUAAGGGCGACCAGACGCAGCACUCCGCCGGCUCGCCGAGCUCCAUACAGGCGCCUUUAAUCUCAGUGGAUUGUAAAAGCAACCCGCCCACCUACAGCUUCGUGCAGGGUUGGCAGCUGCUAGCUCUGGCCGUCAGUCUGUUUGUCCCACGGAAUAACAGGCUGCUAUGGUACCUUAAACUGCACCUGAGCCGGCAUUCGGACUCAAAAACGGAAUGCGGCAAGUACGCGGCGUACUGCGCACGCGCGUUGGAGCGUACGCUACGCAACGGCGGCCGCACGGACAAACCGUCGCGUAUGGAAGUCCUGUCUAUACUCCUGAAGAACCCCUACCAUCACAGUCUACCGCACGCCAUACCUGUCCACGUGCUCAAUAAUACUUACCAGGUGGUGAGUUUUGACGGAUCGACGACAGUGGAGGAAUUCCUCAAUACGCUGUCCGCGGAGCUCGGCUGUCGCGAGCCGGCCGCGUCGGGUUUCUCGUUGUUCAGCGACGAUCCGAUAGAGAAGGAUCUAGAACAUCACAUCAAGUCUGAUAAAAAGCUGUGCGACAUAAUAUCCAAAUGGGAGACGGCACUCCGCGAGAAGGGUUCGGGCAAGUUUGAGAACUCUCGCGUCAUACGACUGACGUUCAAGAGCCGGCUUUACUUCCGAUCGGCCGUUCGCACGGAGACCGACAAGGAACGACUGUUGCUGUGCUACCAGGUUAACCAGCAAGUGGUAGCAGGUCGGUUCCCGGUAACUCGUUCCCUAGCUGCGGAACUCGGCGCGCUGAUGGCACAACUUGACAUGGGCGACUACUCGCAGUCGGCCGCGGCGCACGCGCAGCCGCUCGCCGCGCGCUUCUACCCGUACAGAUACCGCGCGGGACUCACUAACGAUGAACUCAGGGAGGUGGAAGAAAAGCUCAAGGCUAAGUGGGUGGCGUUGAAAGGACGGAGCGCGGCGGACUGCGUGCGGAUAUACCUCAACUGUACGCGCAAGUGGCCCUUCUUUGGCGCCACGCUAUUCCAGGCCAGGAUCAAACAGCCGGAGUUGUCGUUGGCGUGGCUGGCGGUGUCGGAGGAGGGCGUGGCGGCGCUGGAGCUGGCCUCCAUGAGCGUCAUCGCGCGGUAUCCCCUCGCCUCCAUCGGCCUGUUCGGCGGGCUGCAGGAUGAUCUGAUGAUGCUGAUCGACGCGGACGACCCCACCAGUCCCGUGCACAAGAUGUUGAUCAGUCUCAAUAAACCUAAAAUGGCAGAGCUAACGCAUCUAAUAGCGGACUACAAGAACGCGAUACUACGGAACGUGCCGCAGGGAACGCCACAGAACUCUCUGCCCCGGCGAAAACCCCCCCACUCGAGCCCCUCCACUUUAGCCCACCACGGAACCCCCGCGCACACACUCAACUCCAACGCAACCUUAUCCGCAACCCUCACAUCGCACACAUCAACAUUCCCCCAAGACAGAAUAACCCACGGACAACCGGACAUCCUCAAAUCGACCCCAGACCAUAGACACGAGAAAAAAAGACACGCCCAAGACAGCGGGGUCGCGUGAAAAUGGACCCUAAUGCGACGAGAUAAGACUAGUGAAAUACAACUGCCAAAUUAGUCGGUGCUAGUUGAUUAAUGUUAAGCCAGCUUUAUGUUCGCGUACCCACUUGAUGAUUUAGUAGUAUUAAAUAAUCUUUACCACAGUAAACAUAAAUUAAAAAAUACAUUAUGGUAAACUAAAGAAAAACCUGUGUCAAGUUUCAACUCUCACGCAACUUUCAUGCAUAUAAAAUACUCAUUAAAACAACAUUUAAAUUGUAGUUGCAAUUUCGUUGUCGUCUGUUACAAGACAAGCGCAUUACUUUAAAAAUAACGUGUUUACUUUGUCGUUCUUCGUGUAAAAGAUAAGGCACGAACUCGAAAUUUAGACAAAUUUACAGGCGUAGAUUAAAUUUAAACUAUCAAUUCAGAAAUAAUCAUCAUCACCAUUAAUUUGCCAGUUGUAUUAUAAUAACAUAUAACAGUAGCGGAAACUUAAAGAUGUUACCUCAUAUUUUGUAGACUCCGCCUUAUAGGCUUGUUCUUUGUACAAUAGUAGCGCCUGAACUUUAAACCUGGCACGGUAAAUACCACAUUGCUGCUUUGCGUUGUUGUCGCUGCGUCAACGCUGAUAAAAGUUUUUAAUGGCCACACCCAUUAGUUCGAUCAUGCAACGUAUAUAUGAUGAAACUCAGAGAGUUGUUAUAUCGCAACGCUGCAACGACGACGCAACAGAACGGAGUUGUCGCUACGUCAACGCUGAUAAAAGUUUUUAAUGGUCACACUCUUUAGUUCGAUCAUGCAACGUAUAUGAUGAAAUUCUGAGUUGUUUUAUCGCAACGCUGCAACGACGAUGCAACGGAACGGAGCAACGUGGUCUCAAAGUCCGAUCUUAGUCAAAAAUAUACUCCGAGCAACUUUUUAUUGCUUUAAAGGUGUAAAAAUAUCUAUUAUAGAAAUAUACACGGUUACAUAAGAACAACUUCACUGUACAGGACUUAUUCCGUGCUGGGCAGUGACUUUGCAUUAAAAGUAAAUUUACACAGGGUUUAGUAAUGGUCAUGUUGAACUUACAAAAUCGGUACCCAAAUUCUAGUACCUUAAUGCAAUGUUUAAUCCAGUUUCGUUCUUUGUUCGAUGCAGUUUUCUUACAGAAUGUAAAGUUGUUUUCUUGAAAUGUCAAACUAACGGCUAACACGUUUUGAUUGGUC